AUGUACAAGGCCGUCAUCCUGCCGACGCUGCUGUACGGAGCGGAGACUUGGACAGUGUACACAAAGGAGGCACGCUGUCUGAACCACUGCCACCUCAGUUGUCUUCGUCGCAUCCUGAGGCUGAACUGGCAGGAUCGAGUCCCCGACACUGAUUUGCUGGAACGGACGGGAAUCCUCAGCAUCUACACAGUGCGGAGACAAAUGCAGCUGCGCUGGAGCGGCUACCUGGUGCGCAUGGACGAUGACCAACUACUCAAACGGCUCUUCUACGGAGACGUCGCGACGGGUUCUUGCCGCCAAGGAGGCCAAAUUCGGCGAUACAAGGACACUCUGAAGUCCUUCCUGAAGCGUCUGCAAAUUAACUCGAUCAACUGGGAGGAGCUCGCACUCGACCGACCGACCUGUUGGAGGACAAUGAAGACAGGCACAGCGAUCUACGAAGCCAAUCGCAUCGUUGCUGUCAAAGUGAAACGCGAAGCCCGCAAAUCACAAUUUCACCCAGUACGCAACGCCGACGCACAACCGCUUCCAAUGUGUCCUCGAUGUAAACGGACAUUCCGGGCUCGAAUCGGACUUGUUGGACACCUUCGGAUCAACUGCACCUCCCGAACUGCACCAACCAUAGUCCCCGCCCGCCUCUUCCUCCCCUCCGCCGCCAAGUAACUCUGACAAUUCUUCUGAACCACCACUUCCAUCCUCGUCCUCCUCCUCCUCCUCCUCCUCCUCCUCCUCCUCCUCCUCCUCAUCCUCAUCCUCCUCCUCCACUGCUCCAACGACUGCCGCUCAGGCGACUGUCACGCGCGCAACGACCGACACUACCACCACCUCCCCCGACUCUAGUGAUGAGGACCAGGACUACGCCUGCCCUCACUGCGACCGCACCUUCACCUCGCACAUCGGCCUGGUCGGUCACUUGCGAAUCCAUCGCACAGAGACUGGCGAACCAGUGCCUGGAGCACCAACCUACACCUACCGCACUCGCUUCCACUGCCCACACUGCCCUCGCACCUUCACUCAUCGCAUGGGCAUAUUCGGCCACAUGCGCAUCCACGACGACCUUCGGUAG